UCAUCUCUAGGUCCACAUGGCUGCAGUCGGUGGGACGCCGUGAGCAAGGCCUUCUCCGAGGUCUCAAGGGGCCCCAAGGCUACGACGUCAGAACAGAAGCGAAGGCCACGUCCACCACCGACCCACCUCCAGAGCCACAGCCUCCCGGGCCUCCACAGCCCCACCCAGGUCUCACACGCAGGCGCGGGGACUAGCCACAGGUGCAGCAACGUCAGGGCUUUCCCCUGGGCGUAUGUGCAGCUCGAGGCUUUGCAGGAAGCGCACCUGCGAUGGCCCCACCGCCAACCUCUUGCUGAAGGAACACCAGGAAACAGACAGCAGGUGGUGGGGUGCGCCACAGAGAAAAAAAUGUCUUCAGAUAACCAGUGGUCAGCAGAUGAGGACGAAGGCCAAUUAUCCCGAUUAAUCAGGAAAUCUAGAGACUCCCCCUUUGUCCCCUAUAGGUAUAGCAGGCUUUGUGACUGUGGUGUCCUAUGGUCUUUACAAGUUAAAGUACAGAAGAGAUCAGAAAAUGUCAAUUCAUCUUAUUCACAUGAGAGUUGCUGCCCAAGGAUUUGUUGUCGGAGCUCUGACUCUAGAUGUUCUCUAUUCUAUGUAUAAGGAUCACAUUAGACCUCGAUUCUUCAGUGAGUCCAAAAAAUGAAGCUACACUCUGGAAGCAAGAAAGACAAGAAGCUUCUGAAAACUAUUUAUUAUGAAGAGUAAAUGUUCAAUACAUAGCAAAUUUUACUACAGAAGUGUCACAGAAUGCUCAUAGCCUUUGUAUUUCAAGUCUCAAUGUUUUAAGGAGUUGAUUUCCAGAUCAACAAUCAUAAACAGUCAACUCAGAAA